GAGAGGUGAUGCCUUCAGGAACAGUUCUGACUGCAGACUUCAUUCCUCUCCUGAGCUGUUCUGGCUUCGGCUGCAGACUUUGACAGAGACGACAUGACGUUUACAGAGCCUCGUGGUUAAAGCUCCUGCUCCCGAGUGAUGAAGGCUUCUGACAUGUUCCUCCUCAUCUUCCUCGUCUACAGGACUCUGUGUGUGUCAGGCAGGACGGUGAAGGACACGAUGGAGAAAUGGAACCGCUACCGGACCGAAUGUCUGCUCCAGAUGAGCACAGAACUCAGACCCAAAGGAGUGUUUUGUAGUCGUAUGUUUGACAUGUACGCCUGCUGGUCGGAUGGAAAACCAAACUCUACAGUUAAGGUGCCCUGCCCCUGGUACCUGCCCUGGUACAAUCAAGUGCGUAGCGGCUUUGUGUUGCGGGAGUGUGGACCUGAUGGUCAGUGGACCACCAGCAGCUCCAGCAGCACCUGGAGGGACCAUUCUCAGUGUAACUAUGACAACAGCCAACAGGAAGCUCAGGAGAAGCAGAUGAUGAUCUUAUCCUACUUCAGAGUCAUGUACACAGUCGGUUACUGCGUCAGUCUGGCGAGUCUGUCUCUGGCUCUGAUUGUUCUGCUGCUCUUCAGGAGGUUGCACUGCACCAGAAACUACAUCCACGCCAACUUGUUUGCAUCGUUCAUCCUGCGAGCGGUUUCCAUCCUGACCAGAGACGCUCUGCUGAACGGAGACAUUCCUGAGGUCAAAGACAGUCAGGACAUCUCAGAUGUACUCAGUGAUCAGGCAGUGACAGGCUGCCAGGUGGCUCAGGUGCUGAUGCAGUACUGUGUGGGAGCCAACUACUACUGGCUGCUGGUGGAAGGUUUGUACCUUCACAACCUGUUGGUGAUGGCGGUCUUCUCUGACGGCCGCUACUUCUCCAGAUACCUGAUCAUAGGCUGGGGCGCUCCGGUGUUCUUUGUGGUUCCUUGGAUUAUUGUACGUUACCUGUUUGAAAACGUGAGAUGUUGGGAAAUGAACGUGAACAUGGUGCACUGGUGGAUAAUUCGCACUCCCAUCCUGCUCGCCAUCCUGGUGAACUUUAUCAUCUUUAUACGCAUCAUUCAUAUUCUGGUGUCCAAACUGAAGGCCCAUCAGAUGAGAUACACGGACUACAAAAUCAGACUGGCCAAAUCCACACUGACCCUGAUCCCUCUGCUGGGGAUCCAUGAAGUGGUCUUUGCGGUGCUGGCGGAGGAGAACAUGCAGGGCGUCCUCCGUUACAUCAUUCUCUUCUUCCAGCUCUUCUUCAGCUCUUUCCAGGGUUUCCUUGUAUCCAUCCUCUACUGUUUUGUCAACAGGGAGGUGCAGGCAGAGAUAAAGAAUAAAUGGCAGAAGUGGAAGCUGGGGACGACUGACCUGGAUGACCUGAGAAACACUGGCAGCCACACGCCAAAGGUUGGCAGUGUGCCGGCGUACAGCCAGUCCCACCUGCCCAAUGCCGACCUGCUGCCUCUCCGACCCGUCCCGCUCCUCUGCUCCUCCCUCUCACCAUAAGCUCCCCACCGUCCUCACCCCUUCAAACAUCAAUGAAGACCUGCUGCUGUAUUUUCUGCUGACGGCCAGGAUGGAUGAGGAGAAGGAAAACAGUCUUUAACACAAAAUAAGGAAAAAUCAGUGGUGAAUGUUUAAAUGGAAAUCACUGUGACUGACUGACUGAGAGGGUUGUCGAUCUAUUUAUUCUGAAAACUAUUUCAUUAGGAUGUGAAGACGCUUGUUUUGUGUACCAAGAUAAAGCAGAUAGUGGCAGACAGUGGUUGAAGAAGUAGAUUCAUGGAUUCAUAUGUUCUUGAUGAGAUUAUAGAGAAAGGAGAGUGGCCACAGUCCCUCAGCUAAAGGAUCUUUAUUUUGAUAUUUCAGCCAUCCUCUUAAGUCCUAAAGGAAGCCUUACUCUGGGGCCAGAACUGCGGUCCUGGUUGUAUUCAAGUACUGAGUCUAUGCAUGGAGAAACACUAAAACCCGACAUAUCUACACCGAAUGACGUCUGAUGAAGAAAUGGCUCCAGACAGACAGAAUAUGUAGAGAAUAGAGAAACGACUCUCAAGUGAUGGAGCUGAUAAAACGUCUCACACAGACUUCAACACAGCUGGGACCGUCUGACUCAUCAGCAUUUAUGUCUUCUUCUGCCUCGGUGAUUGUUUUCUGUUUCCAGAUGGGAAUGUGCCAAACAUGCUAAAUUGAACAAUUUCACCAGGACGUGGAUCAAAUCACUUUGUUAUUCUCUUUCUGAGAAAAGCCAAAUCUCUAUUCAAUUAUCUAGGAUGUCCUUAAAUCUGCUGCUGGUUAUUAUCAACCGCCCUGUGAAGUAUUCAGUCAUCACUCCACUCCCCACAGUACACUAUUACAUAUUCAUUUCCUGUUGUGGAGUUCAUUUUUCCUUUCAGUAUUAAAACUCACAUUUUAUUACUCUUACAAAAUCAUAGUGAAUACUUGGAUCACAAUCCGAAAUUCAGGUGAAACAGCAUCUACUGCCAUCUAGUGGAGACAGAGAGUGAGCACACUGGGAAAAGUUCUCGCUGAAUUCAAUCUUGAACACUGACUGGAGUAAAAAGAACAUUUUACAGGAUUUAAACCACAGAUUUGUUAAGAAUCGCCCUGUUUCAGAUAACAAAGUAUUCCCCUAAUGAGAUUUCCUGAAUAAAACUGUACAACUAAAACGGUGUUGUUUCAUAUUUCAGUCAACAAUGAGGAAAACAACUGGAGC